ACAGGUACAUCCUGUGGCAUUCAGGCCCCUCUGCUGCAGGAGCAUAAGCUUGAGGGCAACCUCCAGAGACAGGGCAGGAGGGGAUGCUUGGAGCCCUGGGAGAGUAGAGGGGUGGCCCUGCACCACAGCUCUGGGUGAGGCAGGCAGGGGAGGGAUGCUGAGGCCACUCACCCAGGGGAAGGAGCCCGGCCCUCACUCCACAACAGGCAGCGGCUCUGCGCCUUGCUGACAGGGAGGACCUGCCACUGGAAUGGUUAACCCAGGAACCUCCAGCAACCAAUCACAGAGCCCUACAGGAAAUACCUGGGAGAGGUCCUGGGGCUGGGGCCAGACAUUAGAGCCCAAGCCCAGUCUGGCCCCAGCAGCCCACAGCUGGCCCAGACACACAGCACCGGACACUCAGGACCCAGCAUGGUGUUCCUAGCCCAGCUCACACCAGGGCUGCUGUUGGCCAUGACGAUGGCAACAGCGGUGAUGGCCCAGCCUGCCAGCUUGCUGAGCCUGCUCACCUCAGGCCAGGGCACUCUGGAUAAAGAGGAGCUGAGCAGCCUAUUAAAUACGCUGAUGGACCGUGUGCACUGUACCAGCGGGCCGUGUGGAAAGUGCCUGUCCGUGGAGGAUGCCUUGGCCCUGGGCAGGCCUGACAAGCUGGGGCUUGUCCCAGGACCAGUCCUGGAGUCCAGGUACAUCGCCCGCCUCAGUGCCGCCGCAGCUCUCUAUCUUAGCAAUCCACAGGGCACAUGUGCAGACAUCCAGGCUGGUCGCUGGGCCUCCCGUGCUGACCACUUCCUGGUCCUGCUGGAGAGUCCUGAGGCCAUGACCCAGGGCCUAAAUCAGCUGCUGCAAAAGAUCAAGGCCCAGGCUGCUGGCCAGCCUGCUGGGGAAGAGACAUGUGUAGAUGUCCCUCAGCUGCUGGAGGAGGCAGCGGGGGCAGGAGCUCCUCAAAGCCCGGGCCCUGUCCUGGCCGCCCUGCUGGACCACACCAGGAAUGGGUCCUGCUUCCAUGCCCUGCCAAGCCCUCAGUACUUUGUGGACUUCGUGUUCCGGCAGCACAGCAGUGAAGCUCUCAACCUCACACUGGCUGAGCUGGAAGCUUUGAUGAAGCUCCUGGGAGUGGGUGGAGAGGCCCACAGUGACCACGACCACACUGACCAUGAUGAGCACAGUCAACUGGACAGGGAGGCCAACAGCUGGGACCCUGUUCCCCUUAACCCCAACAGCAACUCCAGUGUAUGGGACACGGUAUGCCUGAGUGCCAGGGAGGUGAUGGCUGUUUAUGGACUGUCUGAGCAGACUGGGGUGAGCCCUGAGGCCUGGACCAAGCUGAGCCCCGCCCUGCUCCAGCAGCAGCUGAGCGGGGCCUGCAGCUCCCAGGCAAGGUCACCAGCCCGGGACCAGCUCAGCCAGGCAGAGAGGUAUCUGUAUGGCUCCCUGGCCACACUGCUCAUCUGCCUCUGUGCUGUGUUUGGCCUCCUGCUGCUGACCUGUGCCAGCUGCAGCUCAGCCACCCACUAUGUCAUGCAGACCUUCCUGAGCAUGGCUGUGGGUGCACUCACUGGUGAUGCCCUCCUGCACCUGAUGCCCAAGGUGCUGGGGCUGCACUCCCACAAUGGAGAGGUCCACACCCACAUGGAGGAGGGCCUUGGCCCACAGCCCACCUGGCGCCUACUGGCCGUCCUGGCAGGCCUCUACAUCUUCUUCCUGUUUGAGAGCCUCUUCAACCUCCUGCUGCCCAGGGACCAGGACCCAGAGAAGGACGGGCAUUGUAGCCAUGGUGGCCACAGCCACGGAGUGUCCCUGCAGCUGGCACCCAGCGAGCUCCGGCAGCCCAAGCAGCCCCACGAGGGAUCUCGGGCAGAUCUGGUGGCAGAGGAGAGCCCAGAGCUGCUAAACCCAGAGCCCCGGAGGCUGCGCCCAGAGCUGAGGCUGCUGCCCUACCUGAUCACCCUGGGCGACGCCGUGCACAACUUCGCUGAUGGACUGGCCGUGGGCGCGGCCUUCGCGUCCUCCUGGAAGACCGGGCUGGCCACCUCGCUGGCGGUGUUCUGCCACGAGGUCCCUCACGAGCUGGGGGACUUCGCGGCCCUGCUGCACGCGGGGCUGUCGGUGCGACGUGCGCUGCUGCUGAACCUGGCCUCGGCGCUCACGGCCUUCGCCGGCCUCUACGUGGCGCUCGCAGUCGGAGUCGGCGAGGAGAGCGAGUCCUGGAUCCUGGCAGUAGCCACAGGCCUCUUCCUCUACGUGGCGCUCUGUGACAUGCUCCCGGCCAUGCUGAACUUGCGGGACCAGCGGCCCUGGCUCCUAUUCCUGCUGCACAACGUGGGCCUGCUGGGCGGCUGGACCGUCCUGCUGCUGCUGUCACUGUAUGAGGACAAUAUCACCCUCUAAAAAUCCUGCCCGAGUCUACGGCCCUUGACUCUGCCUCCAGGUCCUCAGGAGUCCUCAGCCCUUGGAUGGACCCAGUAACCAGAGAAGCCCUGGCCUUUGAGAGUCCCCUCCCCCUUCCCAGUGUCCUAGCCGCGAUUUCAAUAAAGACAGCCUUACCCUCGAAGCCCUGCAGUUCUCUCCUGGCCCAGAGAAAACAGUUAGCUUGAAGAAAGUCCAACCUGCAGCCACUAGUUGAGAGCUGCUCUUGGAUUCCUCCAGGGAGCCAGCCCUUCUCUGUGUGAGACACCACCUGGAGAACCAGGUCAAAGAAAUUACCCAGGGUGUGUGGGCUGCAGGGGGACCCUAUUCCCAAUCAAAACCAGCAUCACCAGUGGUGCUUCACACAAGAGGCCUUAUUUCUCUCUAACAUGGAAGCAGUCCCAGAGGUAAUCAGACCAGAGUAUGACAGCUCACAGUCCCUGGGGCUGCCCCACUGUCCUUCCAGGAAGUGUCCACCCUGAGUCCCUUGCAGCUGUCUCCUUGGACUUAACACCACCUAUCAUAGACUGGGUGCUUAACACUACAGAAAUGUGUUCUCCCACGGUUCUGGAAGCCAAAAGUCCAAAGGCAGGGUGCCAGCAAGGCGACAGUCCCUCCCAACACCCAGGGAAGGAUCUGCUCCAUGAGCCUUUCCUGACUUCUGGUAGCUUCAUGUGCUCCUCAGCUUGUCACAGCACAACUCAAAUCUGUUUUCAUGUGAACAUGACACUCUUGCAUAUCUUUUCUCUGCUUAUAAGGACAUCUGCCUUAAUCCAGUAUGACCUCAUCU